AUGAACAGAACGAUUUCAGGAUCAAACGCCCUCGUCGUGGGAGGCACGAGUGGAAUUGGCUAUGCCAUAGCUAAGCGGAUCGCCACGGCACCCAACUAUCACUUCUCCGCAGUCACCAUCGUUGGCCGCAACAAACCCAAGGUCAUGCCCGCGGAAGAUACGUCUUUUCGUGCCGUGGAUGCAAGCUCCAUGCACGAGUUGAAACAGUUCGCACAAGAAUUUCGCAGCAAUACCAGCAAUAGCCCUCUUGACCUUCUUGUCAUGACCCAAGGAAUCAUGACUUUUGCCGGGCGAACCGAGACUUCUGAGGGAAUCGACAGGAAAAUGGCACUGCACUGUUACGGAAAACAACUUCUCAUACGGGAACUGAGUCCCAUUAUGAACCAGAACACAAAGGUUCUUCUUGUCCUGGAUGGCUUGAACGGGAAACCAGAGAAACUCAACUGGGAUGAUCUCGACCUGAAGGAGACCUUCAGCCUUGCUAACGCUGCAAACCACUGCACUGUUAUGAACGACGCCAUGGUGCAAUACCACGCCAAGCUUCAGGGCGAAGACAGCAAAAGAUUUUUCGCGCACGCAUACCCUGGCGUCGUGGAUACUACCACGCCGCGAAACUCGCCCUGGUACUUCCGCGCCGUGUCAAAGGUUGCCUCUAAAGUAAUCGGGACGACGCCCGACCAGUGUGCAGAGAGGUUGUUGGGUGGUCUAUACCAGAGUGCUAAAGAUAAAGAGGCGCAGGGAGUGUUCUGGAGCUGUAUUGAUAACCAUGGGAAGGAGAUUCAGGGCAAGAAGGAGUGGAGUGAAGAGGAGACGAAGAAGAUUGCUGAUCACACCUGGGCUACUGUUGAUGGCAGUUAG